AUGACGUCAUUUGCACCUGUGACGUCCCUUGUUACUGUGUCGUCCCUCAUCACAGAGUCUAUCUCUGUGGCUGGGUCUUCAUUUGUAAUUGUGACGUCAUCCGUGGGCGUACAGCCAUCUCUCACACUUGUAUUUGUGACGUCAUAUAUGCCUAUGACGUCUUAUGUGAUUGUGACGUCAUCCGUUACAGAGCCUUCUGCUGCUCUCGAGUCUUCACCCGUAUUGUUGACGUCAUCCGUACUCGAGGCAUCAUUUGUGCUUGUGCCGUCCUCCAUCACAGAGUUUUACUCUGUUGGUGGGUCGUCAUUUGUUACCUUGGAGUCUGCUGCGAACACAUUGUCGAUCAUCACAGAGAGUUCUGUUGUAUUUGUAACAUCGUCUGUACUUAUGACGUCACAUGUGGUCGUGGCUUCAUCCGUUGCAGAGUCCUCCUCUGUGGCCGGAUCGUCGUCUGUACUCGUGACGUCAUUUGUAACUGUUUCAUCGUCUGUCGCAGAGUCCUCGUCUGUGCUCGAGUCGACAUCUGCAGAUUUGACGUCAUCCGUGAUUGUGUCGUCAUCCCUCACGGGAACUUUCUCUGUGGCUGGGUCGUCAUUUGUAACAGUGACGUCAUCCGUGGGCGCGUUGUCUUCUAUCACAGAGUCUCUGUUUGUAAUGUUGACGUCAUAUGUACCUAUGACGUCACACGUGGUCGUGACUUCAUCCGUUGCAGAGUCCUCCUCUGUGACUGGAUCGUCGUCUGUACUCGUGACGUCAUUUGUAACUGUUUCAUCGUCUGUCGCAGAGUCCUCGUCUGUGCUCGAGUCGACAUCUGCAGAUUUGACGUCAUCUAUGAUUGUGUCGUCAUCCCUCACGGACUCUUCCUCUGUUACUGUUUCAUCGUCUGUCGCAGAGUCCUCGUCUGUACUCGAGUUGACAUCUGUAGCUUUGACGUCAUCCGUGCCCGUGACGUCAUCUGUGAUUGUGUCGUCAUCCGUCACGGAGUCCUCCUCCUCUGUGACCGGGUCGUCAUUUGUAACCUUGACGACAUCUGUGAUCGUGUUGUCAUCUUCCUAUGUGGCCGGCUCGUCCUCUUCGGCGCUGAUGUCAUCCGCGGCUGUGCUUUCUUCUGCGGCGCAGUCUUCUUCUCUGGCUGGCUCUUCCACUGUUGUUAUGUCAUCAUCGUCGGCAGAGUUGACGUCAUCUCUCGCGACCUCCUCCUCGUCAGUUGAUGCUUCCUCGUCGUCCAUAGAAACCACGCCGACGUCAACAGUGGAGAUGACGUCUUCUAUUGACGUCAGUUCUACGCCAGAUACUGCUGGGGCAUCGUCCGCGAGCUCACUCCAGCCCAGUCAAUCCACAG